AUGGAUGCCUCAGAAGUGUCUUUGACUGGAGCAUCUACAAACUUGUCCGGAAGUUAUCUGGCAUUGUUUCCUUGCGAACAUCCUAACAUCACAAGGCCUGCUUUCACAUCGUCAAGGUCUGCUGCUACUGCGGGCAGAAUGAUCCAGGAUUAUUUUCUCGCAAAUAUCACUGACAGUUUCUGGGACAAGAUCCCAAGAUCCCACUCCCGUGCACCGUUUGGUGGAAGGAGAAGACCGCAGAAUUCCGCAGAAGAGUCUCCCCAGCAACUGGUCAGCAAGCAGGUCAAGGACAAGGUCUGCUUCGUAUUCAUAAUGGUGCUGAUCCCGUGCUUCUGCCUGUUUGGCUCCGUGGGCAACGUGCUUAGUCUUCGAGUGCUGGUUCAUCACCGGAUGCGGAACUCCACUAACAUGGUCCUAGCUUCCCUGGCCGUGUCGGACCUUCUGUUUCUGCUUCACGCCCUGUACUUCUCCAUCCUCAGACUGUACGCUCUGAGGAACCCAGUGCCAGGGGAAGCUUUCAGAUCCAUGACCUUCCCGGUGUUGGGACCCUACGGAAGUGUCAUCACUGCAAGAAUCACCACCGGCCUGACAACAAUGCUCAGCCUGGAGAGACUGAUCGCCGUCUACUUUCCUAUCAAAGCAAAAGUCAUGUGCAGCAAGCUGAUGACAAUCACCUGCAUCACCAUGAUAUACCUGGUCACCGCUGUCGUCUUCAUCCCCAACGCACUCAAGUACCACAGCUACUACCUCACAAUCAACAACACCACUUCAUACACCAUGGGCCUGACCUCCCUUGGCAAAAACGAAUUCUUCUUUUCCAUCUACGGCAACAUUCUUAAUAUUUUAUUUCGUUUAAUACCAAUCCUAAUUAUAAUAUUCGUUAACAUCUUCAUCGCUUUAGCCAUUCGAAGAACUUGGUCGUUUAGGAGAAGCAUGUCCAGUGGGGGAUCAACUUCCUAUGAACAGAACCGUAUAACUCUUAUGCUUCUUAUGGUCUCUUUGGUGUUCAUCGUCUGCAUUCUGCCCGGUGCAGUACAUAGCAUUAUUGACCAAAUCUACAAGCAGUACUCCAGAUUUGGCCAGCAGAGCAACUUGUAUGAUGUUGUCCGGAACGUCACUUACUUUCUAGAGACAGUUAACUCUUCGGUGAACUUCGUCAUCUACAUGGCUUUCAGUACCAAGUUCUGCCGGACUUAUAAACAAAUCUUUUGCUGUGUGGAGAACGCCAAGACUCCGCCGAAAUCGACCAGGUCGGUGGUCAGGUUUUCCUCGCGUCCAAAUACUCGAUCCGGAUCCAGUUUGACCAGCUACCGGGAGCUCUACCUGCUGAACCAGCUCAGUAACCGGAAAGUCUUCUGCUGCAGGGACAGAGACUUGGCAAGGCAGUCAGGCAACAAGAGUGGGCUUCUGGUUCAAUCCGGGGCCAAGAUCCAGGACGGUGGCAAGAUGAUUUUUAUGAGUAAAUGCUCAAACAGUGAUAGCUUCAGUGGACAUAGCAGUAGUCACAGUCACAGUGGGCAUAGCAAUAGUCACAGUCACAGUAACAGUGGGCACAGUAGUAAAGGAGAGCAGUGCAGUAAGCACAGUACACACAGCCUGGAAGCUACACCUGCAGAUAUGUACAGCUAA